AGGUAAGGCACCUCGGCCCCUGCCGCAACGCAAACUGCCAGCGUCCCAGUGAGACUUGCGGGCAUGAGCGAUCAGGCUGCCUUAAAGCGGCCAGCAGCUUGCGGCGCACCUCCAGCCAAGAGGCCCAAGCCACCCGGGAGCCAGCUGGACAAGGCUAUGCAGGCCAUGCUCAGUAAACUGUCCAGUGGCGAGAUGACCAAGCUCAAAGAGACCCUGGCGGCGUUGCCCGAUCGUAAGUUGUCAGUAGUCUCGCUUUGCUCUGGCUCCGAGAUUCAGCACGUCGUAGGCGACAGAUUGCUCUCCACUGUGGAUGGGUCCACCACUUAUGUUACCUGCACUGCGUGCGACAAUGCCCCGAACAAGAGGGCCUGGAUUCAGAAUUUCGUCUUCAAAGAUGCAGCAGAGAUGCCGCGCACAUUCAGUGACAUCGUGGACAUGGCAAAGGCGUCGGCGAAGUGCGCCGUUCACAAGUCUGGUGAUGGCGAUGCCAAGAUGUGCAAGACUGUCCCAGACCACCUGAACAAUUUCAUCGUUGCGUGCGCCUGCAGUUGCAAGGAGCUCAGCAAAUUAAACUCAUCGAAGCCAAAGAAAUCUGGCAUCCUGAAGCAGGGAGGGAGCGGAGGCAGCUCUGCCGCCACGUUCGAGGCAUUGAUUGAGUUCUUGGCGACCCACCCUGUGAAAAUGUGGCUCGGUGAGAACGUCGAUGAGAUGCGCAGGGGGUCCUCGGACAAUUAUCAGUGCAUGGUGGACAAGUUGGCCAGCGUCGGAUUCGCAUGCGAGACUAUGAAGCUGGACGCACUCAACUAUGGCGCGGCGACCACCAGGACGCGCGCCUUCAUCUUGGGCUUGUCCUGCCAGCGCAGCGGGUUGGCGCCGCACGAGGCCCAAGCUGUUCUGAGAUCAAUGAAGCAGCUUGUGGAGAAGCUUCAGAUCGGACCAUUCGCAUUGAAAGAUUUCCUUCUCAUGCCAGGCCACGAGUACUUAAAGAUCCAGCUGGAGCACCUCCAAUCAAAGGAUUCGCAGAGCAGCAGCAGCAACGAUUCCAAGCAGGACUGGAGGGAGAAAUUGGCGGAUGCAUGUCAGAAGGUCGGGAUGGUGGUCAGCCAGUGCCGGCCUUCGCCUGAGAUUGCUUCUAGCCCGUGGUUCCAUUCGAUGUGUGAACGUGAGCGGAUGGCACUUGCUUAUGAGACGAUAAUGCGUCCCGAGGCUUGUAGCGUGGACGUCAGCCAAACCAUUGCAUGGUGUGGACGGGGCAAGGAUGGAGUGUUGCCGACCAUUACCCCCCGCGGCAAAAUCUACAUGCUCCCUCGUGGCGGCGAUGAAAAAGGCAGGGAGCAGCAGUUCAACAGGAUUCUCAGUGGCCUCGAAAGCCUUUCGGUGCAGGGCUGGCCGAUCGACUCAUUGGAGAUACACAAGUUGAAGGAUGCAGGCAUCAGCGACGCGCUGAUGAAAGACCUUGCAGGCAACAGCGUUCAUGCAUUAUGUUUCUGUGCCGUCCUGAUAGCAGUCAUGACUUUCUGGCCGAGAAGCGACCCAGAAGUUUCCGAGGAAGUCAGCACUACGCCCGAAGAAACCAUCAACGAGGACGAGGUGACAAACAUUCUCGGUCUUUAGGCUAUGGGUUCUUAUGUAUAGCUAGGGUGUAGCAGUGAAAUUGCGGUUCAGGAAUGCAGCAGGGGUAGGCAAGCGAGUAGUGUAGCAGGGGUUGUCAAGCGAGUAGACCAGCGAUGCUGAAAGUCUCAGUGCAUCGCAGCGGCACUGGCGAAGAAGGAAG